AUGGGCUCCUUUUCCCUUUCCUUUCUUGCCUCGACGCUUCUUUCUUGCUCUUUUGCUUCUUAUACGUUCGCUGCUACUGUUUCGACCCAGUUGAAGAUCGUCAACAAGGAAGUGAAUCUCGAUGGAUUCUCGCGCCUCGCCGUCCUUGCCGGUGGAUCCUUCCCCGGACCAAUCAUCAACGCAAACAAGGGCGAUCGGCUUGAGGUUAAUGUGACCAACGAACUGACCAUCACGGAUGGCCUUGACGUCGUGACAACCGUGCACUGGCACGGCAUUGAUCAGCUUCACUCAAACUGGGCCGAUGGCGUCGACAGCGUGACACAGUGCCCUAUCAUUCCCGGCAACUCUUUCCUUUACAACUUUACCAUUCCUGAUCAGGCGUACGUCUAUCAGUUCAUACAUUUUGAGCGCCCGCUGACGAGUGUUACUUCCCUUAGUGGGACUUUCCUCUAUCACAGCCAUUACAGCAACCAAUACUGCGAUGGACUCCGGGGCGCUUUGAUCGUGCGCGAUCCGGAGGACCCUCAGAAGCACCUAUACGAUGUGGACGACGACAGCACAGUCAUUACUCUGAACGACUGGUACCACUACUUGAGCAAGGACGCUAGCGGUGUGCCGUCUCCGAACUCCACGCUCAUCAAUGGUGUCGGCCGUUAUCCUGGUGGUCCGACCAACAACUCGCUCGCUGUUGUCAAUGUGAAGUCUGGCACUCGGUACCGCUUCAGGUUGAUCUCGAUCAGCUGCGACCCCAACUUCAUGUUCAGCAUCGACCAACAUGUUCUGACUGUCAUCGAGGCGGACGGUAACUCUGUCAGGCCACACAACGUCUCGUCUAUCCAGAUCUUCGCGGCUCAGCGUUACUCGUUUGUGCUGAAUGCCAAUCAGCCCGCGGAUAACUACUGGAUCCGAGCGAUUCCCAACUCGGCUACUAACAACAGCACGAAGAACGGCUUGAACAGCGCUAUCCUGAACUACGAUGGCAUUGAUGUCGCAGAUCCGACUUCUAAGGAGCUGUCGUCGAAGAACCCUCUCGUCGAGACGAACCUGCAUCCUCUCGAGCCGUCGCCCGUCCCCGAACCGGACAUGAUCGUCAACCUGAACUUCGACCUCGACAGGACGAAUGGGAAGUUCUCUGUCAACGGCAAAUCGUUCAAGAACGCCGACCCGAUGCCUGUGCUUCUUCAGGUCAUGAGCGGCAAGAACCUCAAUGACCUGAUGCCCUCUGGAAGCAUCUACUACUUGCCGCGCAAUAAGACGAUCGAAGUCCAGAUGCCCGCGUUUGCUCUUGCUGGGCCGCACCCGAUCCACUUGCACGGACACACCUUCUGGGUAGUCGAGUCUGCCGGGAAUACCACGAUGAACACCGUUGAUCCUCUUCUUCGCGACGUCGUGGCUAUCACUUCUGGACCGGACGAUACCAGGUCGGACGUCAAGAUUCGCUUCCGUACGGAUAACCCCGGACCGUGGAUCCUGCACUGCCACAUUGACUGGCAUCUGACCGGAGGUUUCGCUGUUGUCUUUGCGGAGGCUUCGAGCGACGUUUCGGACACAGUCACCCCACCUCCCGAAUGGGAUCAGCUCUGCCCCGCUUACAACUCGUUCGUCGAAAACACGGGUCAUGGAGUACCUCCGACCGAGUCCCGCAUCAAGGGCCUCGGACAGUGA